AUGAGAAUUCCACUCUUUAAGCGUCUGGUCAUCACGACCUUGAACAUCCUCUUCCCGCCGCUCGCGGUCAUGCUGAUCACGGGGCCGAAUGAAGACUUCAUCUUCAACUGCGUCAUGUUCAUCCUGGCCAUCAUCCCCUCGCACAUCCACGGCUUCUACAUCUCCCUCACCUACUUCAACCGCAAGAGAAAAGUGCGCAAGGGCGUGUACCCGGGGAAGCCCAAGCAUUUGAUCUGGAGCGAUCGAGUCAACAACGGGGGCGCAACCCGCCGGGAAAUGGAGAGACUGAGGUACGAGAAGGAGCAGGGACAGGGACGGUCUAGCCGACGAGCCAGUCGCAGAGGGAGAAGUUCAUCGGGACGUGAUGGUUCCCGCAGGCGAGUCGAGAACUGGGACGACGGGUACAAGGAAUAUGCAGGGAGUCCGCAACAUAGCCGGCUCGGGAGACACAGGAGCUACAGAGACUACGACCAUGACUCGGACCGGUGA